AAGCGCAGGCCAAGCGCACGUCCGUCAGCCCGUCGGUCCGCUGGUCCGCCUCCCGGUACCCCGAGCGCCUCGGCCGUCUUCGCUGUUCUGCCGUCUUUCUGGCCCAAACGGUGGCCGGGGUGCUGAUCAUGGCUACAUUCAUCUCGGUGCAGCUGAAAAAGACCUCGGAGGUGGACCUGGCUAAGCCACUGGUGAAGUUCAUCCAGCAGACCUACCCGAGCGGCGGGGAGGAGCAGGCCCAGUACUGCCGCGCGGCCGAGGAGCUCAGCAAGCUGCGCCGCACCGCCCUGGGCCGCCCGCUGGACAAGCAUGAGGGCGCCCUCGAGACGCUCCUGAGAUAUUAUGAUCAGAUUUGUGCCAUUGAACCCAAAUUCCCAUUUUCUGAAAAUCAGAUAUGCUUGACAUUUACCUGGAAGGAUGCUUUUGAUAAAGGUUCACUUUUUGGAGGAUCUGUAAAAUUGGCUCUUGCAAGCUUAGGAUAUGAAAAGAGCUGUGUGUUGUUCAAUUGUGCAGCCUUAGCUAGCCAGAUUGCAGCAGAACAGAACCUGGAUAAUGAUGAAGGAUUGAAAAUCGCUGCUAAACAUUACCAGUUUGCUAGUGGUGCCUUUUUACAUAUUAAGGAGACGGUUUUAUCUGCCUUAAAUCGAGAGCCUACUGUGGACAUAUCUCCAGACACUGUUGGGACCCUCAGUCUUAUCAUGCUGGCACAGGCCCAAGAAGUAUUUUUUUUAAAAGCUGCAAGAGAUAAAAUGAAAGAUGCCAUCAUAGCUAAGUUGGCUAAUCAGGCUGCAGAUUACUUUGGUGAUGCUUUCAAACAGUGUCAAUACAAAGACACUCUCCCCAAGUAUUUUUAUUUCCAGGAGGUGUUCCCCGUCUUGGCUGCAAAACACUGUAUCAUGCAGGCCAAUGCUGAGUACCACCAGUCUAUCCUGGCAAAACAGCAGAAGAAAUUUGGGGAAGAGAUUGCAAGGUUACAGCAUGCAGCAGAAUUGAUUAAGACAGUGGUAUCGCGCUAUGAUGAAUAUGUCAAUGUGAAGGAUUUUUCUGACAAAAUCAGCCGUGCCCUUACUGCAGCAAAGAAGGAUAAUGACUUCAUUUAUCAUGAUCGAGUUCCAGACCUUAAAGAUCUAGAUCCUAUUGGCAAAGCCUCACUUGUGAAGUCUACCCCAGUCAAUGUACCCAUCAGCCAGAAGUUCAAUGAUCUGUUUGAGAAGAUGGUUCCUGUGUCAGUGCAACAAUCUUUGGCUGCCUUUAAUCAGAGGAAAGCUGAUUUGGUCAACAGAUCAAUUGCUCAAAUGAGAGAAGCUACCACUUUGGCAAAUGGGGUAUUAGCUUCCCUUAAUCUUCCAGCAGCAAUUGAAGAUGUGUCUGGAGAUACUGUACCUCAGUCUAUAUUGACCAAGUCUACAUCUGUGAUUGAACAGGGAGGUAUCCAGACUGUUGAUCAGUUGAUCAAAGAACUACCUGAACUACUACAAAGAAAUAGAGAAAUUCUAGAUGAGAGGGAACCAACUUCAGAACAGUUUUAGAUAAAGCUGUGCAAGCAGAUGGACUAGUAAAAGAACGUUACCAGUCUCAUCGUGACACCAUUGCACUUCUCUGUAAGCCGGAGCCUGAGCUGAAUGCUGCCAUCCCCUCUGCUAACCCAGCAAAGACCAUGCAGGGCAGCGAGGUUGUAAAUGUCUUAAAAUCCUUGUUGACAAAUCUUGAUGAAGUAAAGAAGGAAAGAGAGAAUCUCGAGAAUGACCUUAAGUCAGUGAAUUUUGAUAUGACAAGCAAGUUUUUGACAGCUUUGGCUCAGGAUGGUGUGAUUAAUGAAGAAGCUCUUUCUGUCACUGAACUGGAUCGAAUCUAUGGAGGUCUUACAACUAAAGUCCAAGAAUCUCUAAAGAAACAGGAGGGACUUCUAAAAAAUAUUCAGGUCUCACACCAGGAAUUUUCAAAAAUGAAACAAUCUAACAAUGAGGCUAACUUAAGAGAAGAAGUUUUGAAGAAUUUAGCUACUGCAUAUGACAACUUUGUUGAACUUGUAGCUAAUUUGAAGGAGGGCACAAAGUUCUAUAAUGAGCUGACUGAAAUCCUGGUCAGGUUCCAGAACAAAUGCAGUGAUAUAGUGUUUGCACGGAAGACAGAAAGAGAUGAACUCUUAAAGGACUUGCAGCAAAGCAUUGCCAGAGAACCUAGUGCUCCUUCAAUUCCUACACCUGCAUAUCAGUCCUCUCCAGCAGGGGGACAUGCACCGUCUCCUCCAACUCCAGCUCCAAGAACCAUGCCGCCUUCUAAGCCCCAACCUCCAGCCCGGCCUCCACCUCCUGUGCUUCCAGCAAAUCGAGCUCCUUCUACUAGUGCUCCAGCUCCAUUGGGAACUGGGAGUGUGACACCAGCUCCUUCACAAACCCCUGGCUCAGCUCCCCUUCCACAGGCCCAGGGACCACCCUACCCUACCUAUCCAGGAUAUCCUGGGUAUUGUCAAAUGCCCAUGCCCAUGGGCUAUAAUCCUUAUGCCUACGGCCAGUAUAAUAUGCCAUAUCCACCAGUGUAUCACCAGAGCCCUGGACAAGCUCCAUACCCAGGACCCCAGCAGCCUUCAUACCCCUUCCCUCAGCCCCCACAGCAGUCAUACUAUCCACAGCAGUAAUAUGUCUGCUCAGAAGCUCGGCUGGUUCAGUUCAGAGGGAAAGAAAUACCAACUCUGCAAUAAGUGUACUAAACUCUGCGCUCUGGUUAAUAUAAUGUACUUUACUAUACUGAAUGCAGUAUGUAAUUUCCGUCUGUGGCUAAAAGCUAUGCCCCAGUUCCACAUUUGAUUGAACACGUGGGAUUUGCUGCUGUUGCAGUAUAAACACUAGAUAUAAUAGGAUUUGAAAUAAAUUACAGUUCAUAAAAGUUGAAAAUGAGAAAUUAAACCUGCAAGUGAAAUGUUUGAAAUGAGCAUAUUUUAUACAUAAGAUGCAGUUGGGACCUCAGAUCCUUAUAAAGAUGGUCUAAGUUUUCUUUAUCUUUUGGUUUAUUGAUUUGGUUUAAUUUCCAUUAUGGUAUUUUACAUAAUCAAGACAUUGUAAAUCUUAUAAUUUAAAAAUAAAUUACUUAAGAACAGUUGUCAUUGUUACGUUUUGUCAUUGAUUCUCAUUAUUGUCUAAUUCCUUUCUGGUUUUAGUCUCAUUUUGUAUGUUCACAAGUUAGAUACUGUGUUUAAGUGCACAAACAGUGCAAGUUAAUAGGUUCAAGGACAUUUUAUAGGAAAACCAAAAGAAUAGUACCAUAAUUUAUCUUUCAUAUACUGAUUAAUUUGACAUUUAUUUUAAAAGUCCAACAAUGUGGAAGAAAUACACAAUUGUUACCAAAGAUUCUUCAAGUCAGUAUACAAAUAUAUGUAUAUUUAAUGUUUUAUUGUUAGCUUUUUCAAGAAAUUGAUGCAAAUUCUGGUAAUAAUUCUUCAGUGUUUUAUAACCUGGUUCCAUAAAUACAUGUCAUUGACAGUACUAUCUAAUGUAAUGGAAUUGUUUAGAGAAAAUUGACUGUACCCUUCUGUUUUUUUCCACUUUACUUUCUUAACCCAGUAACAUUUAAUGCACAGUGUAUAUGAAUAAAUCUAAGCCCCUACCCCUUUUGUGCCUAAAAGAUUGGGUUGCUUUAUAAUUUAGGGAUCACGCAAAACAGUUGUUGGAACCACAUACAAUUUCUGGAACAGGCUAUGUGUUAUUUAACAUUAGUUUCUGCUGUUAGGAUACUUAGUUGCUGUAUAAACCUCAGUAAAAAUCAUUAAGGCACAUCAUGGGAUGAGGAAAUGAGAAAGGCAUGGGUUGGCCAAUGUCACAGUGCGGACUGUUUUAUAUGAGGUUCAUUUCUGAACACAUUAGGCAUAUGAGUUGAUUUUCAGUGAAUCUACGUUAUUUUCUGAGUUUUAAUGCUGACUUUUUCUUGCAUUAUUGUUUCAUUUAAAUUAUAUUGUCAUUUGGUCCACUGUUUUCAUUUAUAAUUUAGAUUCGUAUUUUAAAUGUUAGAAUAAAAGUAUUGUAAAAGGGAGUAAAUUGGUUUAAAAUAUAUGCAUAUUUUAAAGAAUCAUUUUGUUGUAUGUAGAAAACAGACAUAUUAAUUCAAUAUAAAUGACGUGAUGACGUGAAAUAUUGAAAUUGAUUUAAAGUCCAAUAGUUAAACCAUGGCAAAAAUAGCUUUUUACAUAUCAUUGCUAAGUUUUAAUACUUUCGAUUCAUUGAAGUGUGAGAUGGAUUUGACACCUCUGUAAAUGGCAUUUAAGUUCUACAUUCUCACCACUUGAGGUGUCUUGUACUUAAGAUAACACCCAGUAAGAGUUAGGGAUAUCCCAAAUUGCUAGUUUUUAAAUCUUACUAAUGCAGAAACAAGGGAAAAAGCAAAAUUGGCCUGAAUAUUCUCUUGGGGAAAAAGGGCACUAAAGGAAAGGGUAAGUGCAUCAGAUGUCCAAAGAGAGGUAUAAGACCAGUUAGCCAAGCUGCAUCUUGCAGAGAGGUGAGGGGAAAAUGGUUUAGAAACCCCAGAAAAAGAGCCUUCACAGCUUGCUCAACUGUUAGCAAAACCUUUUUUUAUGUAGGACCCAGACCCGUUCUCUUGUCAGUUUUGUAGAUUGUUAAAGAUGCUUUCUUUUGGUCAUCCUUGUUCAGGUACACAUGACCAUGUCUAUAGCCCUUCAUUUGCUGGAUUUGUCUUCGUAGGUCUGUCUAGCAUUGAUAAGGUGACAUGCAGAGAAGCCCUUUUCUUACCCAGUUUUACAGUCUAGCAAACAAGGAAGCCCUCUUUGGGACUGUGUUUGUCACCAAACUUUUAAAUCCUUUACUUAGCUUCCCGUGUUCCACAAAAUAACUUAGACAUUUUGGAUAAUGCUGUUUAUUUGGAGGUAGGAGGAUUCCAUUCUGUGGCUGAGGUAUGUUGUUCCCAUAUAGGCUUUUUUAUAUCUACCUAAACUGAGGGAACCAUCCCGAUAUAUUUUGGGCUUUGCAAUACUGUUUUAAAAUAGAUUAAUAAUGAAGCUCUGCAUAGAGGGACUUGUCAGAAUUGGGAUGGGAGCAGGGAGCUGCCUAACUUUUAUUUCUUGUUCCUAGUUAGGGACAUGACCUGACUCUUCAGUCUGGUAUAAAGCAUUGGUCUAAAGAGAGCUGUUCUUAUAUUCCUUGGUCUUGAUUAUCAGUUAAAAAAAUCAGUCAUGUCUCUACAGAUGAAUCUUUGUGAGAUAUCUUUGUAUCCAUAUCCCAACCUCUUUGUAGUUUAUAAUGACCCUUUAAGUAAUUAAAGGAAACAAAACAAGUGGAUUUUACAGAGCCUUUGUGUCCCACUCUUUUAUCCCAGUCCGCAGCCUUUCUGUCAAAGCAGAUUUUUAAAAAUGUUUUCCAUUAGAGCUUUACACUUUGCAAAAGUGUUUUAUAUACAUUUUCUAAUUUCAUAAACAAUAAAAUUAAUUUAGGUUUUAUUUUGCUAAUGGGGAUUUUUUUUCCUUAUGAUUAGUAUAUCUUGAAGAAUCUUGCUAUAACCCAGUGGUAUUUCAUGUUUUAAAGACUUCUGUGAAAUUAUUAGUUGACUCACAAUACAAGAUAUGAUACAGAGUAGGAAAAAACCCUGCUAUAGUCAUAAUUGCUGGCUUAAAAAUAGACUUUAGAACUAAAUGGUUGAUUAUAAGAUUUACAUGGAAGAGCAAAGAAGGAAAAUUAUAUUUUUAAAGAAAGAGAAUAUUCAGGCUUUAUUUCUGGUAUGAAAUUUAUAUUUUUAAAAAAGAUCCUAUAUUAUCACACCAGAGAUUUUAGAUUCUUUUCUGGUUACAAACAUUGCUGGUAGUUGGAUUAUAUUUUUAUUGUAUUCAUUUCUCUUAGGGGGAAAAUUGUAAAGAAACAAAAAAGGUUCCAGAUGAAUGUAUCCUAGAAAUAAAAGCUGAAAGAUUCUUAA